ACAAUGACAGGCCAUUACUACUACGAAAGACCCUGUCACAGUGGAUAUUUGAAUUCCUAUGGCUACUCUGGCACUUCUUUGUUGCCCUAUACAUCAUCACUGCGCAGUACGUACAUGCCGGCGUCCUAUUGGAGCACGUAUCGCCCGUCCAUCUAUUCGUCAUAUCCACGCGUCUCAAUCUAUUCGGUGCCUUCGACCCCCCGAGCGCUGACGUAUCACGCGGCGAUCCCUAGAAUCACUCACCACCGCUUAUGGGACGUAUCCGCAUCGCCGAUGGUUUCGACACGAGAGCGUCUGUUACGAUACUCUGCUCUCUACGGUGACGAUGACGAUGUAGAAGCCAUCUUGACUCAGGGACAAAAAUAUAACCCUGUCUCAUCGCUGGAAAGUACCUUCUCCAACACUAUACAAGACAUUGAAGACGAUAUACGAAAUUGGCGUUACGCAGCGUCAUCUGUGCUCAACCGUUUUACAACAGGGAAACCGUCAAACGUGGAACUGUCAACGCUGGCCAACCGCUACUCGUCCGACUACGUUAGCGGAAAUAACAAUUAUUGGAGAGGCAGCUCCAGUUCGUACUACCGGCCAACGACGUUGAAGUCUUUUCAAUACUCGAACUUUAAGGCUCCGAUUUACGAUUCGGGUCGCUCCAUGUAUGUCUCCAGUCGUUCAAAGGAUUGGGAUUCAUCGAAAAGCACAUUUGGUGAUACGGAAUCCAGAAACUAUACAGGACAUUACCCGCAGUCGAAACGCAGCGUUCCGAAAUUCUCCGAAAACGAUAGCAAAAUCAAACGCGAAAUUUCCUAUCUUUCGCAUUAUAUACUGCCAAAAAAUGAGUAGCUUAACUCCCGGAUUGUUAAUUUAAACGCAAAAACAAAAAUAAUACAGCAAGCUUUUUCCUUGGUCGCCCUCAA